ACAUUUACAAGAAGAAGACAACCUCCUCAAGACCUCAGAGCUCAGCCCUUUCAGUCCAAAAAGCAGAAAGAAAAAGAAGAAAACCCUGUUCCCUGUUCCUACUGAGGCUUGCCUUUGCCCUUGCACUUGCCCCACACAGCCUUUCUCUUCCCAUUCUUAAAGGGAAACCAAAUUCAGAAUCAAUGCUAAUACACUCACCAAAAUCUAAUAGCCAGUGAUAAGAAAUGUGGAGGUUCCGAUGCCUCUGUGUCUUCCUGUUGCUGACCUUCAUCAAUUUUUGCUUCCUGCACGCCUAUGGUAGGACAACUGAAGUUUGCAUUUCUCCGGGUGGUCGAUUUCCCCCAUUUUCAAAUGCAGGCAAACCCCCCAAGAAAGCAAGCAAAGGUCCCAGAGAUCUGACACUUUGCAGGGUUUUUCGCAAAAAGACCUGCUGUGAUGUAUCUCAGACACAUCCUGCUUUCUUAUCCAUCAGGAGACUUGCUUCAUCCGGAGAGGCAAGCCAAGAUUGCUUGCAGUUAUGGGAACUUUUAGAAUGUUCUAUUUGUGAUCCGCGGGUGGGUGUACAACGAGGACCUCCCCGUAUAUGUGCCUCUUUUUGUGAUAGAGUUUAUGAAGCAUGUGCUACAGCAUACUUCGCAAUGGAUGCGAUGACGCAGGUUUUAGCUCCGUGUGGACUAGGAGACUUUGUUUGUGGUAGAGCGUCUGAGUGGGUCUCUAAUGGAACUGAGCUCUGCCACGCCGCAGGUUUCUCUAUCUCCUCAUUUGAUGAUACUGAAGAAUCAUUAUGCUACGGUGGGAAGGGUAGUCUAGACAAUAUUGCAAAUUCCUGGAAAACUUCACAUUCUGAGAUUUCACCUGGAGAACAGAGUACUUGGUUCCUUGAAGAUUUUAGGCAAUGGAUUGCUGAUAUGCCCUUCAAUGAAAGAGUUUCAUGGGCCGUCGGAGGAAUGGUGCUUACAGCUGGACUUCUAUUUGCAAGUAAAAGGCAAACCCACAAUCGACGUCAGAAGCAAGCAGCUAUCCAGCGGACUGUGAGGAAACUGGGAACAAAGAUAAAUUCUGCAUCUCCUGUUAAUCAAGGAAACCGAAGGGGGAUUGGAAGAUGAGUGUGAGCCGUUCUGUAAUAGUUUGCCUGUUUAUUUAAGGAUUGUCUGGUUGGAGAGUGAAGGGCGAUAUUCAGAGAUGAACAUGCCCUUGUUAAUGUAGCAGGUUUAGCAUAAAUCAAAUAUGAAGAGAACUCCACGUCCUACUUGCGAAACACUCUUUUUAUUGAUCAUUGUUUAUAGAUGAGUUUUUACUUGUCUUUUAAACUUCUGAGCAGGGCAGUUCCACAUAAUCAAGCUCUGUCUCUACUUAGUUGAUGACUUAGAGGUUGCCACCCUUUCUUCAGUUACAAACUCAUCGUAUUUUGAAGCAGUUGUUUAGUUUGACAUCAAACUCUGUUGCCCUAACAACAACAUAUGCAUCCUCAACAGCCAAACUUUUGCUGGAUUUGUAACUAUCAAACUGGCCUUCAAAAAGAUUUUGAGUGUAGUAGCACUGAGCUGCUUUUCUGCUAUCUGGAUAUAAUGUUUCAUUGUCUUUUACAAAGAAAGUUCAGAGUUACAAUA